UGCAGCAAACUCAGGAAUGUCUCUUUAAUUAGUUGCUCUGUUGGUUACAGCAGAAGCUUGUUAAUUUAAAUAAACCUUUCUGAAUUACCAGGUUGCAGUGACGUAACACAAUAUACCACGCACAAAAAAACCCACACCAAUGUAACGGUUCAUUUUCACUGGUCAGUGGGUGAACUAACAAAGCCAUCGCCCCUUUCUCCUUCAAAAUAGAAUCACCCAACUUCUAAUUGACAACAUUUCGUGGAUUCCCUCCCACCGAACACAUUGUGGAUAUUAUUAAAGAUUCUUCUUUGUGAGUAUAAGAGCUAGAAAGACACACUUCCAUUGGUGUUUUCUGAUAAUUUCAUAUAUGUUUAAACAAAAGCUUUAUCGAUUUAGUUCGUAGUUUACGUAUUAUACAAACAGUACAGCACAGAAUAUUGUAUACUUUUCUAUUCCUCGGGAGGAGUACGUAACAGCCCAAUGACAACUUGAUACAGGAGACGCGCGACAAACUAGCUAGAAGGUGCAAGUUCGUUUUGGAUUGUUUUAAUGUUUAUUUGCUUCCAUUGACGGAGUUCUGAUCAUCAGGACUUAUAGUAGUUCUGAACGCAGUGACAGGGUUCUGGUGAUUUCUGGUGACCAUGUCGACAUCUCACGCCCAAGCCGGUCCCUCGGGAUCGUCUUCUCCGGGGGGCCCUUCUGGGUCGACACGCAACCCACCUUCGUCGACCCCCCGUGGACAAAACUCGACGGAAAAAGACAGCAAAACAACACUUAAAUUAUCAAAAGCGCCCAGCACAAGUGCAAGAAGACUUCAGAGAGAAUUGACUGAAAUUACUCUUGACCCGCCCCCAAAUUGUAGUGCUGGACCAAAGGGAGACAACUUGUAUGAAUGGGUAUCAACGAUUCUCGGACCUAAAGGUUCAGUUUACGAAGGAGGAGUGUUCUUCCUCGAUAUACACUUUACUCAAGAUUAUCCUUUCAAACCUCCCAAGGUGAUAUUCCGUACCCGGAUUUACCACUGUAACAUCAACAGCCAGGGUACAAUCUGCCUGGACAUUCUGAAGGACAAUUGGAGCCCUGCCCUGACGAUUUCGAAAGUGCUUCUCUCCGUAUGUUCACUCCUCACAGACUGUAACCCCAACGACCCACUGGUCGGCAGUAUUGCCCAGCAGUACACGACCAACCGCGAAGAACACGAUCGUGUCGCGCGGCAGUGGACCAAGCGAUACGCCACAUAACUCGACGGGGAAGAAGGGGGGGUGGGGGGAUUUUUGUGACAAGUGUUUUUUGGGGUGGGGUUUUUUUUUUUUUUUUUUUUUUUUUUUUUGUGCAUGUUGGUUCUAUGUGGGCCUUUUCGUGGUAAUGUGAUUUCAAUAGGAAUGCCUGGCGGAGAAAAACAAAAUUGCACACACUUUUUAUGUCAAGUUUUGGUGUUUGAAAAAAAAAGGAGGGUAAAAAACGAAAAACAUUGGAUUAACAGAGAAUGGAGAUUUUUCAAUUUCUGGCAGAAAAAAAAAAAUGUCACGCACUUUGUAUUGUCAAGUUUUCGGUGUGUUAGAAAAAGGAGGAAAAAAAAAGAAUUGGAUCAGCAAAGAAUGGAGAUUUUCAGUUUCUGGCAGAUUUGUUUCCGUACACAGUUUUGUUGGGUGUCCGGGGGAAAAGGAGAAAAAAAAAACAUUGGAUCGGCAGAGAUGGAGAUUUUCAGUUUUUCUUCCAGUCUGUAACCCGGUUGUGAUUGUGGAUGUCUAGUAUAUUUAAAUAAUGAUUGUGUAUGUAUGCCUGCAAUUUUUUUUUUUUUAAUAAAUUCCGAGGCAGGUGUGUGCGAUACGCUUUAUAUAAUCCUGCAUUGUGUCAGUGCGCCUUAUUGUCCAAUUUGGAAUUACUGGCUGUGGUAUAGGAGGAGUAGCUCACCGAUGUUGAGACUUGAACUCACAUACUGUGGUAGGAGCUAGUGAAAAUUAUCAUAGUCUAUUGAAAAAUAACGAUUGUACUAUCAAUAAUUAGAGAAGCAUUUUAUGUUUAUUUUCUCUUACUGUGUCUCUGAAGUAAAAUAUUAAAAAUAGAUUUGAGCAAUAGCUUUUUUUGUUUGGCCCGCUGUGGAUAAUGAAGAUCAGUGAUUUAAUAAUGUCAAGGUGAAUCUCAAAAAAUCGGCGUGACCUAUUUAUCGGUUAUGCAGAAAUAAAUCCAGGUAACCCAUUUUCUUUUUGCAUAACCCAUUAUAUUCAAGUAAAUUGUGAUCUAAAACAAAUUUGAUGGCAAACAAAAAAUAGUUCAUGCAAAAUCAGAUUUGCGAGAGCAAUGCGCUAACGAAACGAUCGUUCUCAUAAUUUUCAGAGACUGAAUUCAUACAGUAAUCAAACCAACAGUAACGCCACCUAUAGUCCGACCCAUCCUCCUACAGAUAUGUUCUCUGUUUUAAUUUCACUUUGGUUUGACGUAACAAAGAAAAGUAAAAAUGUUUUGGGAAUAAAAUCGGCGUAGCGAGAGAUCUUUUAUAUUAAUAUAUAUGCACCAUCCCAUAGACACGAUAACACAUAUCACAGCCUUCGAUAUACCAGUCGUGGUGCACUGACUGGAACGUGAAAUAGCCCAGUAGGCCCACCUACAGGAAUCGAUCCUAGACUGACAGCACAACAAGAGAACGUUUUUACCACUGUGCUACAUCAUCAUCUCUUUGCCGCUGCCACGCGCGCCCGCCCCCCCCCCCCCCCCCCCCCCCCCGAUUGUGAAUAGGUUCCUGUUUUAUCGGCAAUAUUUUAAGCCAUCACUAGAUAAACUAUAGAUUUUAUCCCCACCUGAACAACAGAUGACCGUCUGCCCAGAGUUUUGGAAGGGAUUUUUUUAAUUGGGGGUUUGCAGAGGCGGAUCUAAGGGGACCCAGGCCCCCCUAAAUUUUGCAACAAUUUUUUUUUUUUUUUUUUUUUUUUUUACAUUGGAGAAUCCCCUCCCUCAAAUGGAUUUUCUGGAUCCGCCACUGGUUUGGAUAAUGUUUUCCCCUUGUCCUUCAAAUAUACAUGAUUCUCAAUCUGCAGUAUUUCCAAUGUUCUAAAAAUAUAAAAUAAAUUUUCAUUCCUGCACCCAUUUUGAAAACAAUUUGGAUGAAAGUUUAGCAUUUUAUUUAUAACUUAGUGUUGUGUUAGAUAUUUUCCAUGACUCAGUCUUAUAAAAUGUGUUGCAAAUACAAAUUUUAUUCUCGUGUGUUAAGUCUUUAAAUUUAAAUACAUGUAUUAAUAAUAUAGUCAAAUAUGUUUGCGCAGUACCUCUAUAAAGAGGAGUCUGUCUCAAACACCCCUAUACUGAUCUCAAACCUGUAUUUUAACGGCCACCUGUUUUAAGGGGAUUUCUUAAUAUAAUUUAAACGAAUAUAUUAUAUGAAAAUCUCUGUCACUAGCCCAGACCUUGACAACAUUUGAUAUGAUAAUAAACAUCUUAAUGCUAAUGUCUUGCAUUCCUGACUUUAUUAUAAAAAUUUUACUUCCAGGGGAAAUACAGGUGCAUAGUGACCGAAUAGUUUGGCAAAAUUAAUCAAAAAGGAUGUACAGGGUUAAAACGGGAAAAUCUUAAGCUGUGUAUCUGCCUGCCAUCCGCAACCCCCCCCCCCCCCCCCCCCAUAUCUCCAUAUCUGCUUGUAUCUUAAUAAAAUUCUACUUAAAAUAAUAAGUUUGUAUAUUUGUACUUGUUAAACCAAAGAUAUUUGGUCGUAUAUAUAUAAAUUUGAGAGCAAUAUUAUAAAUUGUAAACUGAUGGUGAGUGUGUUCUGUAUUGCGAUUGGUUAAUUGCAUUCUUUUUCCGGGAUCAAAUAAAAAUAACACCUGGAAAGCUAAUGACGUUAAUAGAAAGUGAUGUCAUUAGUAAUUGGAACAACCCAAGUUGAAUUUUUACGGGUCUACAGUUAGAUUGUAGCCAGGGUUUUUUUCUCAAGAAAUGCCAUAUAUACAGAACUUUCUUUCCAUAGGAAAACGAUUCAGUUUACAAUCAACAGAACCAUAUGGAGUUUUUAGAUUUGCAGGUGUUAUUGUCUAUUUGAUGCCUGCAAAUGUUUCAUUUUUAACCUCAGGCUAAUGCCUUCGGUCAAAAAUGAUAUUUGCGAGAUUAAAUGGACAAUAACACCCGCAAAUCUAAGAACUCCAUAUGAUUAUCUCCUAAUUCAACACUUUGCUGCAAUUUUUGUAAGAAAUGAGUGAGGAUCAUUGCUUUCUUUGUGUUAUUUUUAGCUGUCAUGAAUUUUACCAGGAAGUAUAAUUAAAAGAACUAAAAUUAUGAACAGAAAUGAAAUUUAUGUUUCACUUUAGUUUUGCUAGUUAAUUAAUUUUUUGUGUGGACACUUUCUAAAAUUGAUGCACAUACUCUAAUGAAUGCAUAUAAUAGUUUUGGUUCAGUGUAUUUUACCUAUUUAUUUCAUGUAUUUUAAGUGUUUCUACUUGUAUCUGUAAAAUUGAAAGAAUUGUCAACAUAUUGCACUGCAUGUGUCAACACGACUGGUUAUACUCAAUGUUUCAACACAAAAUAGACUGGUUAGAUUACAUCUGUCAACACAAAAUAUAUUUAUUAUACUACAUCUAUCAACACAAAAUAGAUUGGUUAUACUGAAUGUGACGACACAAAAUAGACUGGUUAUACUAAAUGUGUCAACACAAUAGACUGGUUAUACUGAAUGUGACGACACAAAAUAGACUGGUUAUACUAAAUGUGUCAACACAAUAGACUGGUUAUACUGAAUGUGUCAACACAAAAGAGACUGGUUAUAUUGAAUGUAUCGACACAAAAGAGACUGGUUAUACUGAAUGUGUCAACACGAAAUAGACUGGUUUUACUGAAUGUGUCAACAUAAAAUAGACUGGUUUUACUGAAUGUGGCAACAUAAAAUAGACUGGUUAUACUACAUCUAUCAACACAAAAUAGACUGGUUAUUUUACAUUUAUAAAAUGGUAAAUAUAAUUAUAAUUAUUUGGGUGUAAUUUUUUGUGAUUUUUUUGUGAUCGUGUAAUUGACUGUGUAAUCUAAAGCUGUCACAUGAUGUAUGAUUGAUCUGAGAUCAAACCGCGUCGGUGGGUCCAUUAGGCUUUUUUUGUGGCUCGCCCAGUGCCCCACAGCUGAUAAACAAUGACCGUGGUAUGUGCUAUUCUGUCUGUGAGAUGGUGUAUAUAAAAUAUCCUUUGCUGUUAAAUAGAGUGACAGCGGGUUUCCUCUUUUCACCUGCGUAGUGUCGCAUAUCCAAUGAGAUUUAACCAUAAAUAAAAUGUACAGGUAAAUAAAAUAAAAAAAUUUAAAAUUAAUUCAUGGAAUAAUCUUUAUAUUUAAAAAAACAAACAAAUUGUGUUCAUUAUGCAUCUUUGAGAUCAAUAGCUGAUGAUUAACAAAUCAAUGUGCUCUAGUGGUGUCGUUAAACAAAACAAACUUCUUGUAUACGAUGUGUAGGUUAUAUAUUGUCUACAAGAUGGAAAUAUUUUAUUUAACAGCACAUUUUAUUUACGGUUAUAUGGUGUCGAACGUAUGGUUAAGGACCACCCAUACUGAGAGAGGAAACCCGCUGUUGCCACUUCAUGAAUUACUCUUUUCAAUU